GGCCAGCGAAUUAAAUCGCAGCCACGGUGCAUGUGCGUGUAGAAGACAAGUACUUGAGGUUGCAAACGCGGGCGGGGUGAAGGGGGACGGUUUCACAUUCACGUUUGUUAGGAGUGUGGUGAAAAAUGGCUGGCGUCAGCGACUGGUUCAGCAUCGGUAGUACGGUGGCAUGUAAAACGUGUUACAACAAGGAGAUCGAGGGUGAAGUCCUCGCCUUUGAUCCACAGACAAAAAUGCUCAUACUAAAAUGCCCGGCGUCAUGUGGCAGAAUGUCUCUAAACGAUGUCCACAUAGUGAAUCUGUCCCUUGUGUCGGACGUUCAAGUAAAGCGAGAGGUCAGUCCGACGGGUGGCGACCCUCCGCAGAGUCUGAAUCUCCAGAGGCUGAAUACGCGGGUCCGAAAUCAGGUCGAGGAGAAAAAGAGGAUGGUAAAAGCGCUGCAGGCCGGCGUUUCACCAGACGGCCAAAAGCUCUUCAUAGCGAUAACAAAAACUAUUCAAGAUGUAACGUGGAGUGGACCCAACAUCAUAGUUUGGAAAUCCGUCACCAUUGCGCCUCCUUAUAAACUUGACAACGUCCAUGGCGACGAGGAAUCAAAGGCUUAUACCCAUGUUAGAAAAGUGGUUGAAAAAUACGUAAAAGACUCGGCUGCGGCUGAGUCGCAUCAACAAACUGCGCAGAAGGGUGCCAGCUUGCAGUAGUCAAGAGGAUUGCAACUUUUAC